ACCAAACUCAGCCCCAUCCCGCUCUCACCAGCCUGAUUUACACCGGACCGGCGGCACAACAGACCCAACCGCCUCUGCUCCUCAUCCCACACCAGCAGCAGUACUCGCAUAUCGUAUUCCCGAAACCCAUGAACGGGUCAGAAUUGGUUUCCAUUCAUCCGGAGAGGGGUACUAUGAAAGACCAAGAUGCCAUUAAACUAUUUAUUGGACAAAUACCGCGUACCCUCGAGGAGAAGGACCUGAGACCGCUGUUCGAACAGUUUGGGAAAAUCCACGAGCUGACAGUUCUGAAGGACCGAUACAGCGGCAUGCACAAAGGCUGUGCAUUCCUUACCUACUGUGCCAGAGAGUCGGCCAUCAAAGCUCAGAACGCCCUGCAUGAACAGAAGACCCUGCCAGGGAUGACUCGUCCAAUCCAGGUGAAGCCUGCCGACAGUGAGAGUCGUGGAGAAGACAGGAAGUUGUUUGUGGGCAUGCUUAACAAGCAGCAGUCGGAGGAGGAUGUGUAUCACCUGUUUGAGCCGUACGGAGUCAUCGAGGAGUGUACUGUCCUCAGGGGUCCUGAUGGAAAUAGCAAAGGCUGUGCGUUUGUAAAGUUCUCUACACAUGCAGAAGCCCAGUCUGCAAUCAUUGCUCUGCACGGCAGCCAGACCUCACCAGGCUCCUCGUCCAGCCUGGUGGUGAAGUUUGCCGACACGGACAAGGAGCGCACCGUCCGGCGCAUGCAGCAGAUUGUUGGACAGUUUGGGAUCUUCAACCCUGCUGUCGCCCUGCCCUUCACCUCCUACAGCAGCUAUGCACAUGCGCUGAUGCAGCAGCAGACAGCCAUCAUGACAGGGGGGCAGGGAGGGCACCUGGCCCCCUGCAUCUCCUACCCCACCACCCAGCUCCACCACAUGGGGGCGCUCAGCCUCAAUGGCCUCCAGCACACGUCUCUGGGUGGGGCCGCAGACUUCCACCAGGCCCUGGGCCUCAGCUCUCCUCCAGCCAGUCUCUCAAGCUCUGUUCCCAGCCUGAUGAGUCCCCUGGUGAACGGCUUCGCCCCCCUGGCCAGCCCGCACACCGGCCCCCCCUCCCUGGAGCCUUUAUACACCAAUGGCCUCCCCCCAUACUCCACCCACAGCCCCGCCCCCGACAGCCUGCAGCCGGCCUACACUGGGGUGCAGCAGUUCACAGCAAUCUACCCCUCCCCCAGCCUUCCCCCUCAGGCCCUGCAGCACCAGCAGAGAGAAGGACCAGAGGGCUGUAACCUCUUCAUCUACCACCUGCCUCAGGAGUUCGGGGACAGCGAGCUCCUGCAGAUGUUUCUCCCUUUCGGCAGCAUCAUCUCCUCCAAGGUGUUCAUGGACCGUGCCACCAACCAGAGCAAGUGCUUCGGAUUUGUUAGUUUCGACAACCCAAGCAGCGCCCAGGCAGCCAUCCAGGCCAUGAACGGCUUCCAGAUCGGCAUGAAGAGACUGAAGGUGCAGCUCAAGAGGCCCAAGGAUGCCAGCAGACCGUACUGACCCACACCAGGUCUGUAAUUGGCUGGUCUCUCUUCGGGGCAGGAUAUCUCGCAGGAGUUCAGCUUUUUAUUUAUUUUGAUAAGGAAAUUAUGUUUGAAGAAAACAAAAACAUCAAUACAAAAGUAUUUCCGAAGACAUAUCAGCAUUUACUUAUGUAGACGCGGGUUACCUUGGCGACAGAUGGCGCAACGGGGUGGUUGCCACGACAACGUACACACAGAUGACGCAGAAAGAGGCAGGUCAAGAUGAGAACAGAGUUAGGAUAAUUCCUGACAGAACAGAGUUAGGAUCAUUCCUGACAGAACAGAGUUAGGAUCAUUCCUGACAGAACAGAGUUAGGAUCAUUCCUGACAGAACAGAGUUAGGGUCAGCCCUGACAGAACAUCGUUAGGGUCAGCCCUGACAGAACUCAACUGUUAGUUAAGCAACAAACUAACUAAAAAAGCAGCAACAACAUAUAUAUUUCUAUAAUGUAUUAUACACACACACACACAUACACAGUUAGCAGCUGUCACCACUAGACUAAUUAGGGUCGACACUUGAAGAUCAAAGUGUGGAUUUAACGCUCCACUUUUCACACUGAGGGGUCUCUCUCUUCCUCUCUUCCUUCCCUCUCUUCAUCUUUCUUCCUUCCCUCUCUAUCUUUCUUCCUUCCCUCUCUUCAUCUUUCUUCCUUCCCUCUCUUUAUCUUUCUUCCUUCCCUCUCUUCUCUCCUCCUCUCUCCUCCUCCUCUCAUCCCCUCUCUUUCUAUCCAAAUCCAUCUUCUUUAGACCAGAGAGGUUACCAUUAGCAACAGAAUAAGGAACCAAAGAACUAAACGUGUAUUAUUCUCAGCAGUGACAGAGGCUGACCCCUGACCCCCGACCCAACCCUGACGUACUGAUGAUACUAAUACCACUAAGUACUAUUAAUGAUAUUACAAGUUUAAACUUAUAAGGAAACAGUAACUUCAGGUUGAAAGAAGAAACCACAUCAGUUUUGUUCCUUAUACAUUUAUAGCUAUUGCCAGGUAUAUUUAAACAAAAAGAGAAAAAAACAAACAAAUAUUUUUAAAAGCAAUUAUAUUUUAGUGGUGUAGAAUGUGGGGUUUAGAGCUUGUUUGGGGCAUGCUCAGAUCAUUCAUGACAUACCAUCUGGAACAUUCCAUCCACAACAUCACAUGACAUGUGCUCCGUUGCUAGGCGCCCACAGCAGCGAGGGGGCUCCACACGGUUGGGCUCCUUACUCCUUACUUACCUUACCAGCACCUCCUUACCUUAAUCCUUACUGCCUUUCCUUGGACAACAACAGGAGAGAAGAGGAGGUAGGAGAGGAUGAGAGGAGGUUGUUGACAAAGGAGAAGGGGAUGGUGAGAGAGGAGAACCUUCCUCGGAACCCUCCACCCUCCUGCUCUAGAACCCUCCUUUUUUAGAACCUUUCCCUCCACCCACUGGAAAUCUACUGCAGGUAUCUUCUAAAUUAUUCAAAUCAAAUUAAACGUGGCCUUUAAAAUAGCGUAGGUUGAGUACCAAUUAAACGUGGCAACUUUGUGUUUAUGUAGACGUGUGUCAGGAAUAAAAUGAGCAAGAGAUGAGGUGUUGUGACAAGAGAGCAGAACCGUAACCAGAACCAGCUCCACAACAGAACCAGCCCCACAGUAGAACCAGCUCCACAACAGAACCAGCCCCACAGCAGAACUAGGGCCACAGUAGGCUGGUGAGGAGGGGGGUGGGGGUGAGGAGGGUUUGAGUCCGUCUACAGAGCCGGGUCAAGGCACCACUACCUAUGAUGUUAUCACACUGCCAUUAUUGAACCAACUUCCCGUUUGUCAUCAUUAUUCAGCCAUCGCCGCAAAUAUACUUUUCUGACCAUGCCCAAUAGAGAGCCCAGGGGUUCAAGGUUAUAAAGACAAUGGUAAUACUGGUAUUAAGUUUGUAUGUAAAAGCACAGAAACUUUCUAGGGGGUUACUAUGGAGGGGGUUUGCACUGUUAAACUUCUGGUUCAUCAGCACAAUGCAUAAAAAAUAUAUGAGAAAAGAUACUGAAUCUGUCGACUUGACUGGCACUGAAGCAAAGCUGUCUUCAAAAACUGGAGGAUAAACGCUGUUUACAGGUCCUUCUGAAAGGGGAAUGCGCCCUCUGCCUGUGUGGCAGUGUCAUAACAGCAUGGUACACAAUGGGGAACAUAAUUUUUUUUAUAUAAAAAAAUAAAAUGUGUUCUGUCAUAGUCUGAGAAACCAAACAUUGAGUCCUGUUGACGUUUCUUGAAAACUUGCUGCUUAGAUCAUUUCAUACUCACUAUUAAAAGGAUUGUUUUAUAAUUAUUUAUUUGAUCAAGUAAUUACUUGAUGUCAAGGGUAUAUAUUUAUGUAAUAAUCUAUUUGCUUAUUUAGCCAAUUAUUUAUCUAAUUUAAUCAGUUUUAUUUCAUGGUUAUGUUAAGGUAUUUAUCAAACAGAAAUGCUUGUUGGGGCUUUUCUCUUUAUCUCCUUUUUUUCAAUUUUACAAUAAAAAUA